CCAGAAAAAAAAGCGCAACAAUGAUGACGCGGUGGCCACCAAAUCCCACAACAAACUAUUGGUACAGUUAAACAAGUGCUCCCACCUACUAGUGUCUCACAAACAAAGUCAGAACGUCCAUCGCCAGGAGUAACUCAUUUACUGGAACUGAAAUCAGAGAGCAUAUAACUCUAGUCGGAACGACGGCACGAGGCACGGCAGUUUUGGGGAAAAACUGUGGUAACCAACAUUCCUCUGGUGCGACCAAAUGCGUGCCAAUCCCGCUCGCAGUGUACGUUAACUUUUCAGAACCUCGAGGUCUCAUUCUCACGCGCUCUCAUGGGGGGAAAUGUGACCUGUCGGUGACCAUACGCAACGCCUUUGAGUUGACGUGUCUCUGUCAGGAAGCCAUCAGGAACUGAUUUUGUUUCUUUAAGCCGAAUUUUUGGCCGAUUCACGAUCCAUUCACCAACAAGUUACCCCUACCGCUGCACAUUGUUUAUCUCCCUGCUCGCUGACGAGCCUCAAAAAUCAUCUCGUGUCUAUCUUUCUUGUCUCCAUCAGAUGCUAGGUACACGGGGCCCAUCGGCUAAACCAUCCCCAUCUCACACUCUGCAAGCAACAUGAGCACCACACCAACAUCCAUGAGGCGGAGCGCAUGGCACCGGGGAUCCAUAACCAUAAGACGAGUGAGCUCCUGCGGAGAAGCCAUCAUUAGCCACCUCGAUGCAGAAUGCACAGUGCUGUUAGCAGCAGCCGAAGGUCAAGGCAGAGGAGAAGGGUAGCAUCAUUGUCGUAUCAUUAGGACUUUGUUGGUUGAUCCGGGGGCGGCCAUGUCGUACGAUCAGGUGCUGUCUGUUCUAGGGGGCGGCGGCAAGGCGGCGGCGGUGGCGACGAGCGCGUGGAGCGGCCAUGGAAGCAACAUCACGAGGCAGAUCGUCAAGUGCACCAGGUGGCAGCUGGAGGAGACCACCGACCUCAUCACCUGCCCUUACCACUACUACUGCGACAGCUCCUACCCGGGCGACUACUCGGCUGCCGUCGGCGUCCUCGUCGCCGUUUUGGCCGUUUACUGCCUCCUGUCCGCUGUGGCCUUCACCGUGGCAGAGAUCGUCAGGGCUGGCGGCGGCAGCAGCUCGGCCGGUGGCGUCGGGAGGAUCAAGCGGAAGUACCUGGUGCCGUCGGGGCCCUUCUUGAUGCCGCUGGUGCUGCUGGUCCUCGCCAAGGGGCAGCGGAUCAACGCCGUCUUCCCGCUCGCGCGGCUCGGCCCGGCAUUGCUGCUCACGCUGCAGGCGUCGGCGCUGGCGUUCCGGAACGAGGCCGACGGCGACGUGCGCUACGCCGUGCUCGAGGCGUCCACCGUGUCCGGGAUCCUGCACGCGAGCCUGUACCUGGACGCCGUCGUGCUGCCCUACUACACGGGCACGGAUGCGCUCCGCUGGUCGCGGUUCUCCGGCAAGUGCGCCACCUGCCUCUGCCGGAUGGAGCCUCUGGUGGUGGGCGGACGGACGGUGCUCUACCGGGGCCUGUCCAAGACAGCGCUGUCCAUCAUCUUCGCGCUCUGCUCCAGGAUGGUGUGCCGGAUCUACGGCGAGGAGCGGCUGAGCGCGUGGACGCGGUCGGCGCUGGAGAUCGCGAGCUGGCUUUUCGUGUCCGGCGACGCCGUAUACCUCGCCGGCUGGGUGCUCGCCGAGGGCGCCGCGGCGAGCGUGGCCGUGUACGGGGUCGUCGCCGGGCUGGUGUUCCUGUGUGUAUUUGGGAAGGUUUACAGAUUCUUGGCGUGGGUGGAGAACAGGCAGGUCCAAUGGAAACCAAGCCUUACCUGCCACAAUGUGGUUUGAUCAUUUCUUCCUUUCUUUCUUUCUUUUCCUUAUGUUUUUGAAGGAAAGUGUAAAGAAUAAUAACCAAUUAAGUCAGCUUUUGUGUGUACAUAA